CUGCCAAAUGCUCUCCGGUUUUCCUUCGAUGUGGGACGGAAAGUGGUUUUCUGCUGUGGUGCUCUGCCAAUAACUAAAAAAAGGCUCGCGAGUUUGUCGUCGUGUCAUCGAAACGAAAAAAAGGUUUUGCGUUUUGGAUUCGUUUCCCUUAUCGGUUCUCGUUAAAGUGCAAAAACCAGCGCCCCCAGUGGCCAGUGAAAAUUACAACACCAACAUUCUCAAGGAUUAAAAUAUUCCCCGCAAAGCAAUUCGCGGAAAAAAGCUCCGGUUGCGAGUUCCAUCCCUCGGAUCGUUCCGGAGGACCAACAAUCGGACAGAAGAAUAAAAAAAAAGCUCGAAAAGUAAUUUCCCUCGCGGUGGAAUUUAAGUUUUUGAAAGGACCCCCAAACCGUCGCGGAAGUGAGACUUGCGACCGCGCGCGAGUGAUUCCCGAUUCCGUGCAAUCUUCCUUCGGCAACGUGUGUUCUACCAUCGGCGAAAACCGUGUUCCCCAUAAAGUAAAGUGCUGCUGAUCUUCUCGUGCGUCUCAGUUUCGCGAAUCACACAAAGCAAUCAAUUCCGAAGUGCAACAAAAGUGCAAUAUACCUACCCCAAGUGCAAGAAUCAGUUCUCAGAUUUAGAAUAGAAUUCCGUUUGUGUAGCCUAAGGCUGUCAUUUGUGUGAGAAGAAAAUAAAUAGGUGAAGAAUCUGACUCAUUCGGCGCAAGGGCCAUCGAAGCAAGCGCGAAGCAAAGUAUUCAGCGACGAGAAGCUUUCAGGCAGCACACGCUACGAUUUUGACGAAAUAAUCAUUGGAUUAUAUUGAAAACCAUAUUCCUAUUACGAUCCAAAGCGUGAAAACAUUGAACUUCCAUCGCCGUGACACGGCCAACCUCCGCUCGUGAGUGUGCGUGUCUGUAUACAGAGCACCGCGCUUCCAACUUUCCCCGCCCACAUUGAAGCAGAACGCAAUUGUUUGAGGAUUUUCAACUCCAACAGAACAAGGAUUAACAACAACAACAAAAAAAAAGUGUACCGAAAGUGCAAACAAAACAAAGAAAAACAACACAUCAUAACGCUAGAAUCACAGCAAGCCAAAAGCGAUAUCCAGUGAUUUGUGGUGGUUGCUAAGUUGUGCGCAGUGUGAGUUUUUUUUUGUGGUUGCACUCAGAAGAAGAAACCUGAUUUACCCAAGUUGCCCAGUUGUGUUGUUUGACAGUUCGGAGAAAAACCAGUUUCAACAAUUUCAGUUCGAUUUGGUGAAGAUAAAUCUGCAGUGUUAGUGAGUUGUUGCAGUAGCAAGCAGCAGAAGUGCAAUAGCGAAGAGGAGGAUUUCCCUUCGCAAGUGUAGUCUAUUUUGAGAAGCUUUAUAUUCCAGCAACAGUUCUAAUUGUGUAUGACCUUUGCUUUCGGCAAGACCUAAAGCAAGAAAAAAGAAGAAGAAAAUCGAAAGUAAAUCGAAAGCCUGCUCCCGGUUCUGGUAUCCGUACUUAGGCGUGUGCAGUAGGGAAGGGAGAAACGAAUCCGUGUUUUCUCCCUGGGCUUCUUCCCCUUCUCACCAAGAGAGGAAGCAAAACAGCAAUCAGCAACUACCUAGUUCAACCCUGUGUGUGAGAAUUCGAGUGCAAGGGAGUGAGUGUUGUUCGGGCAGGUGGCAAAAUUGCGCACCUACUCCUAGGCCUCUUCUGCUAGUCCGGAGAGUGAGUGUACACAGAAUGGAGCGAGAAUCGAAUCCAAUGCAGCCGAUGUGUCGAUCAGGUUGUGGAUUCUACGGCAAUCCCGCACAAGACGGUCUAUGUUCAGUAUGUUAUAAGGAUUCCCUAAGAAAAAAGCAGCAACCCCCGGUCAGCAGUACGCCAGUUGCUUCCAGUGCGCCCCCGCCACCUCCCUCCGGAGUCAGUUCGGUAGCCGCUUCCUCCACAAACAUCGGUACCGUAGUCACAUCGCAGAUCUACACCAGCACAGCAGCCGCCGCCUCCACAGCCUCCGUCUCUGCCAGCGCCACCUCAAUCUCGCCGGUCACAGUGACGAACACCGCACAGCCCACAGUCCACAGUGCGAUUUUCAGUUCCGCCGACAUCAAGGAUAAAAUCGAUGAUGAAGACGCGAGUUGCAGUGGAUCCUCUAGUAAUAACUCCGCCGAUGGAGACGAUAAGGACGGCGACAAAGACAGUAAGAAGAAGAAGAACCGAUGCGCAACUUGCCGCAAGAAAGUUGGACUGACUGGUUUCGAAUGCAGAUGCGGUGGCCUCUUCUGCGCGAUACAUCGAUACAGUGAUAAGCACGAAUGCUCGUUCGACUAUCGGGAACUGGGCGCGGCGGAAAUUAGACGUAACAAUCCUGUCGUGGUCGGAGAGAAAAUUCAAAAAAUUUGAACACUCGUGCCAUCUAAUAUCUAUUAAUAUACAUAUACAUAUAAUUCAAUUUAAUCUUAAUGAAAUAUAAAUAUAAAAAAAUAAUGAAAAAGAGGAAAAAGAAAGAAAAUGAAAAAACGGAGAACAAAACACAAACACACACAAAUAAAAACGGCAUCAUACACAUACAAGAACAGCAAAGAAAAAAAAACAAGAGAAUAACAGCAGAGAAACAAGAAAUCCUUAUAUACAUAUUAAACAAUACAACAAUAAAAAUGCAAGGAAUGUAAAGUUGAUGCUAGUAAUUACAUUUCAAUAAAUUUAUUGUAAUUGGACGAAGCUGAAAAUAGUAUAUUAUAAUUUCGAUAGACACUCUUAAAUACAUUCAUUAUUACAUUCAGUCAGACAUACACACACCAAGAAGUGGUUUAUUAGCGGAACAUUAGCUCACACACUCAUACCCGAAUACACACACACACACGAACACAAUCACACACACGGACAGGAGGACAUAGAAAAACUGUGUUUUUUAGACGUCGACGACAGGAUUAUGAUGUGUACUACUAAUAAAAUAGAUUCAAUUUGCCAAUUAUCACAAUUACGUGGAAGUUUGUUCGCUUGUAAAUUAGUUUUGCUUCACACAAUCAUGUGUACUAUUAUUAUACAGAAUAUAGUAGAGGUAAGGGAGCGUGAGUCGUUUCCCGUGAGGGCGAAAUGUCCUUAUGGGAAACGGCUCGCCACCCGAUUCGGAGAGGAGAGGGAUCGACGAGCGUGCGAGGAUGAGGAUGAGAGAUAGAGUGAGUGCCUGUUCCGCGGUGAAAUUCGAAAAGAACCGAACCCGUGUGGCUUGGCAGUGGAGGGUGUGCUGUUUGAGUGAGCCAUUGUUUUCCGGUGAUUCUGUGAUUUACUGCUGCACAACUUGGUGUGGUGUGCCUGCGGUCGUGGGACCUUGGUCUGCUAAUCUGUGUGUGCGAGUGAUCGAAGCUAGAAGAUUUUUUCGGGGGAAAAAGAACACUCUAUUAUUCUACUUGUACGUGUAGGUACCUAUCUAUACAACUAGUGUAUGCUAUAUUUGUUGUUUUCACAAUGCCCUCUCCUUUGUUUCUGUUUUUGAGAAUUUGUGCUUCUUGUUUAUUUUCCCGUUUUCUUCGCCCCUUUUUGUAAAAAGUAUAUAUUAUAAAUGGUAAAUGAAAAAUAAAUCCUUUUAAAUCGUAUUUUUUGCAAUCAAAAAAGUAACACAAACCCACACACGAAAACACACUCGUUUAGGAUAAUGCGAUAUGCUAUUAUACCUAUUAAUACCUAAAGAGAAAAUGCAAAAGAGUAAAGCAAGCAUGAAAGUAAAGAGACCGUAUCCAGCGGAUUGGUAGUACUAUUCGGCUGAGUAAGGAUAACAAUUUGCGCACGGAAAAGUGGGUAAAUAAGGAGCUGAAAUAAAGUGUGAAUGAAUAUGUAAUGAUUUAAGCAAAAAACAACCGGCAGAACUAGGUAGAAAUCGAGCGAAAUAAAAAAAAAAUCAAGCUAAAGUGUAAUCCAGUCAGACAGAAAGUAAAACAGUUUGAAAGAAAAAAAAACACGCAAAACUGCAAACUAAAGAGAAGGGAAUGAAGUAAAACAUUGGGUGAGAAAGAAAGUAUAUUUUAGUAACAAAAAACAAUGGAUAAAAAUCAAAGAAAAAAAACAGAAAAAACAUAACUAAGCCACAGAGAGAAAUAGUAGAACGCGAAAGCGCAAGGCAGUUCGAAGUAAAAAAAAAGUAAUAUACUUUCGAUUUGUGUAUAAAGAAAUUUAGAAGAGAGCUUAUAGCAAGCAGCUCGCGCCGAAGUUUAUUGAUUGAAGAAUGAUAUUUUUUGUUCGUUUUACGUUUAGUUUUAUUUUGUGCCCUUGAUAAGUACUUCGGUACACUUACAUACUGCUACUAGAACUACACACAAAAAAACACACAGCUACUACUACUACUACGUGGAUUGGAGUUUUUAAGGAAGACAACCACAAAAACAAGUAUAGAAAAUAACAUUGUGUAUUCUGCAGCAUUAUUUGAAA